GAAGUGAAGGAGCUGUAGGACGGAGCCAUGGGCUGUGGUGGCAGCAGGACAGAUGCCCUGGAGCCUCGUUACCUAGACAGUUGGACGAAAGAGACAGAGUCAACAUGGUUGACCAGCACGGACACAGACAUCCCACUAUCGUCCUUACAGAACAUCCCCAUUGAAAACUAUGAGAACUCAGAUAAAACCAUCAGCCCAGUUCCAGAUUUCUUCGAAGACAGCCUCCCUCCUCCCGCCCAGGCGUAUCUAAAGGUCUGUUCCUCUGUAUCUGAGGCCAGUCUGAGUGACGUGAAGCCCAGCAGCUCUCCUGCCAUAUUGGCCUCCCUGCCCAAAGAGGUGGUGACGCCUUCGUCCGGUACUACCGUUCAGCGCCGCAGUGUACUACACACAGAAGAAAUAACAAAAUGGCAGGACAAUCGGAUGUCGACCAAACAGGUGACCAUCACAGUGACACAGAGCAUCCAUCAGGUGGACAAGAACGGGAAGGUGAAGAAAUCCCUCACCAGCUACGAGGUUCUCAAACCUGUGGAGAGUCUAAAGCAGGUGGCAACUUGACCACAGGGCAGAGGAGAAGGAAGCCAAAGAAAAAACAGUAAAGUGAUGACUGUGAAUUACAUGGACUGAACUUGAACUCAUGUGUAAAACCUAAGGCAGAUUUAGCACAACUGAAAAUGUGUUUUUCAAUGGUGCCUGAUACAGUGACACUGUACGAACAGCUGCAGUUUGGUGAAAAGAUUUUCAGGAAAUGAUGGAGUUAAAAACAUUACAGCCUGUUUUAAAAAUCAUGGCAUGAAACGACUAUUUAGCACAUUCAGGUAUUUCAAGUAUUUUCAAUUUAAGAUACGAGGCAAAACUAUAGUUUACAUUAUUAUUAGUACAUUUC